UGUCAUUUUUCGGUAUUCUGGGAUCUCGGAGGUUAGAAUCAUGUCAACAACGUCGAAGGUCCCGCCGCUCACCUACAGGAUAAUUGCAGAAUGUUCCACCACGAAGGCACGCGUCGGUGUGAUGAGCUUGCGGCACAGCGAUGUCGAUACUCCAGUUUUUAUGCCGGUUGGAACCCAGGGAACUAUGAAAGGGAUUCUGCCUGAUCAGCUCAUAACUCUGGAUUGUCGGAUCCUUUUGGGCAAUACCUACCACUUGGGCAACCGACCUGGCACGAAGAUACUUGAGAAAGCCGGAGGAUUGCACAAAUUUAUGGGUUGGCCUCGAAGUAUUCUGACCGACUCUGGCGGAUUCCAAAUGGUCUCUUUGUUGCAAUUGGCGGAAAUUGACGAGAAGGGAGUGAACUUCAAGUCUCCCUACGACGGAUCGGAGUGCAUGCUGACACCAGAGCACUCUAUCCAGAUUCAAAAUGUGAUUGGUGGCGACAUUAUGAUGCAGUUGGAUGAUGUUGUGAAAACCACGACCCGGGGUCCUCGGGUAGAAGAGGCCAUGCACAGGACAGUGAGGUGGCUGGAUCGGUGUCUAGAGGCUCACCAGCGUGAUGACGAUCAGAGUGUGUUUCCAAUAGUUCAGGGCGGUCUGGAGCCUGAACUUCGUGAAAAGUGCGUUGCAGAGUUAACUAAGAGGAAGGUCAGGGGCUAUGCGGUGGGAGGACUCAGUGGUGGAGAGAGUAAGGAUGAAUUUUGGCCCACGGUACACAUCUGCACAGAUCUGCUCCCGAAAGACAAGCCCCGGUACCUGAUGGGUGUUGGCUUUGCGGCUGAUUUGGUAGUUUGCGUCGCGCUGGGGAUCGACAUGUUCGAUUGCGUUUUUCCGACCAGGACGGCUCGGUUUGGUUGUGCACUGGUGGAAUCUGGCCAGCUGAACUUGAAACAUAAAAAAUACGCUUUGGACAUGCGACCUAUUGACGAUAAGUGCCACUGCAGUACGUGCAAAUCGUACACGAGGUCCUACCUGCAUCACAUAGCCACAAUGGAAGCGGUCUCUUCUAGCUUGCUCAGUAUUCACAACGUCGCUUAUCAGCUUCGACUCAUGGCUGAUAUUAGGCAGAGUAUCACUGAAGACAGAUUUCCAGAUUUUAUUAAAAAGUUCAUGAGCGCACAUUACGAAGGUAGAAAGGUGCCUCAGUGGAUUCAGGACGCCUUAGCAGCGGUGAAUGUGCAACUCGAUCAGCCGGAAGUCACACAAGUUGCCGAGGAGGCAUCUCUUAGCGAAUAAUUUAGUGAAAUAAAACUCAAAAAUGGAUAAACUUAUAAACUUUUA